ACGUCACCAGCGCAGCUCGCGUGCGCGAACAUGGCGGUUCCUGCGACGACGAACGACUGCGAGAAAAGUGCAAAUAAAUGUGAAAUUAAACGAAGACAUGAGAAGAAAUAACACUUUAAAACCUGCGACCGAAUCUAGCGUGUGAUCGGCGAGGAAAACACCCCGAGAAGAGAGAAACGAGAGCGGGAAAGUGAAGAUUUAAAUUCUCCUGAGGAGUGAGAGAGCUGCACGCGGAAGUGACGAGAGACUUUUAACAACUAAAACUAAAACGGACUUUUAACUACAUUUACACAAACUCCGAGAUUAAACAGGAUAACAGUGUCUGGAUGAGGGUGAGAGAGCGAGUUCACAUGAUCUCCAGGUGUUUAUUUAUGUGAACUCUCAUCUGAAUGUGUUUAUUUCAGAAGAACGUUGAGUUUCACUGUGACGUUUGCUGGUGUAGAUGUUAAAAAUCGCACUACUGAUUGCACUCGACACUAUUAAUAUUAAAGGACAGAAAUCUGGUCUUUAAAUUUCAUCAGUUUGAUCUGCGAAUGUGUGUUCAGAUGAAAUUGAGCGAGUUGUUGUGUCCAGAGUGAAUAAUAACGAUGACAGUUAAUAACUGUACAACUGCGCGUUUCUGCACAUCAGGACAUCAGACUUGAGUCGUGUCAUAUCUGAUGUGAUGAUGACAGAUCACACAUCACUAACACUGUCAGCUCGAGGUUAACAGAUCAUCAUGUGUUUGUCCUCGAGAUGAAGGUGAAGGAAGGUUGUGUCUCAAAUCGUCUUCAUCAUCCUGACACUAUUAUCUACUGAUAUAACUGUAAAUAAGCUAUAAUGUGUUAACAAAAAACACCGUUCCUCACAGCCAAAGUGCCUUUCAGUAACACCAAUCAGGACACACACUGACUGACAUCACUGCCGGACUCUGGACUGACCCGUCUCACUGUCAUCGGUCAGGUGGAAAGUGAGACGUGUGUGUCACGGCAGAGGUCUUUCUCCUCACCUGGAGCGCUGUGAUCCGCACCUGCCGUGCGUCCGGCUGCGGCCUGGCUUCCUGCCCUUAUGGGGCAGCAGCCAGGGAAGUUUGUUGGGGACCAGAGGAGACCGAGUCUGCCCGCCCUGCCCUUCAUCAAGGGAACAGGCAAGAGAGAGACCUCACGACAGGGAGCCCUACACUUCCACAACGUGUUUGUCGUCCACGCUCGGCCGGAUUUCGAGCCGUCUGGUCUUUCCGAAGCCGCCCGCUGGAACUCGAAAGAGAAUCUGCUGGCGGGACCCAGUGAAAAUGAUCCCAACCUGUUUGUAGCGCUCUAUGACUUUGUGGCGAGCGGUGACAACACUCUGAGCAUCACCAAAGGAGAGAAGCUGAGGGUUCUGGGAUAUAAUCACAAUGGCGAGUGGUGUGAAGCUCAGACGAAGAACGGCCAGGGCUGGGUGCCCAGUAACUACAUCACCCCCGUCAACAGUCUGGAGAAACACAGCUGGUAUCACGGACCCGUGUCCCGUAACGCCGCCGAAUACCUGCUGAGCAGCGGCAUCAAUGGAAGCUUUCUGGUGCGAGAGAGCGAGAGCAGUCCCGGACAACGCUCCAUCUCACUGCGCUACGAGGGUCGAGUCUAUCACUACCGCAUCAACACCGCCUCUGACGGCAAGCUGUACGUGUCUUCAGAGAGUCGAUUCAACACUCUGGCUGAGUUGGUUCAUCAUCAUUCCACUGUGUCAGACGGUCUCAUCACAACACUACAUUAUCCAGCGCCCAAACGCAACAAACCCACCGUCUACGGCGUCUCGCCCAACUAUGAUAAAUGGGAGAUGGAGCGCACGGAUAUCACGAUGAAACACAAACUGGGCGGAGGGCAGUAUGGAGAGGUGUAUGAGGGCGUCUGGAAGAAAUAUAACCUGACCGUGGCUGUAAAAACACUAAAGGAAGACACGAUGGAAGUGGAGGAGUUUUUAAAGGAAGCUGCAGUCAUGAAAGAAAUCAAACAUCCAAACCUGGUGCAGCUGUUGGGCGUGUGUACACGGGAACCUCCCUUUUACAUCAUCACAGAGUUCAUGACUCAUGGGAAUCUGUUGGAUUAUCUGCGUGAGUGUAACCGUCAGGAGGUGAACGCUGUGGUGCUUCUCUACAUGGCCACACAGAUCUCCUCUGCUAUGGAGUAUCUGGAGGUGAAAAACUUCAUCCACAGGGAUCUAGCUGCUCGUAACUGCUUAGUUGGGGAAAAUCACUUGGUUAAAGUGGCAGAUUUUGGACUGAGUCGUCUGAUUAUAGGAGACACCUACGAAGCUCGUGCAGGAGCGAAGUUUCCCAUCAAAUGGACGGCACCAGAGAGUCUGGCCUAUAACAUAUUCUCUAUUAAGUCAGAUGUGUGGGCAUUUGGAGUUCUGCUUUGGGAGAUUGCCACCUAUGGGAUGUCUCCAUAUCCUGGAAUUGACUUGUCUCAAGUGUACGAGCUACUACAGAGAGAUUAUCGUAUGGACAGACCUGAGGGAUGCCCGGAGAAAGUCUAUGAGCUCAUGAGGGCCUGUUGGAGGUGGAACCCUGCAGAGCGGCCAUCUUUUGCUGAAACCCACCAGGCGUUUGAGACCAUGUUUCAAGAAUCCAGUAUCUCUGAUGAGGUGGAGAAAGAGUUGGGUAAAAAAGGCAAGAAGCUGACACUGAGUCCAAUACAGCAGGCACCAGAACUUCCCACUAAGACCAGGACACUACGAAGGCACAUGGACAGUAAGGAUGGAGACAGUCCCGAUGCACCAGAGGCUGAUGUGGUCGUACCGCCGAUGCUCCCAAAGCCUCUUCUUGAUAGCAACCUGAAUGAAGAUGACCGCAUCCUAGCUAAAGACAAAGACAGGUUCAGAAUGAAUCCCUUUAGCUAUAUCAAGAAAAAGAAGAGAACUGCCCCCGCUCCCCCCAAACGCAGCAGUUCUUUUGGUAAGAUGGAUGGGCAUCUGGAUCGUAGAGGAUUGGCACUUGACUGCAGAGAUGAUUGUAAUAACGGGGCUUCCACCAAUGAUGCAUUUCACAGCCUCGACUCUUCAAAAUUGAUCAGUUCUAAUAGUACGGCAGGUGUCGGCGUCACUAACGGAGCUCCGCUAUAUCCUGGUCAACUCUUUCCCUCUCACUCACGGAAAAAAGGCACGCCUACGACAUCAGGGGGUGGAGGAAAACUUGCGAGCACUCCACCAACAGAAGAGGACCCCAUCUCAAACUCCAAGCGCUUCCUAAGGUCCUCCUCGACGUCUAGCAUGUCACGGGGUUCGGAGUGGAAGUCGGUCACUCUGCCACGUGACAUACAGUCCUCUCACUUCGACUCGGGCACCUUUGGAGGAAAGCCUGCUCUGCCCCGUAAAAAAACAGAUUGCGGCCAGCGCGGCGGUACCCUUACACCGCCACCUCGCCUUCCCAAAAAAAGCGAGGAUGUGUCAGACGAGGUUUUCAAGGAUACGGAUUCAAGUCCUGGAUCAAGUCCUUCAAACCUGACCCCUAAGCUAGGCCGUCGACUGCAGACGGACAGCUCCAAAACGAGUGCUUUGCAAGCUGAGCUUCUCAAACCCGGUGUGAUUUCAACACUGGGAGCGACUGGAGAUGAAUGCAGAUCUCGUAGACACAAACAGACUCCUGACGUCCCCGUACAGAGAGAGAAAGUAAAGUUUGCCAAACCGAAACCUGCUCCUCCUCCACCUCCCGUUUCUAGUGCCAAAUCUGGAAAGACUUCAAGGAGUCUCGCUCUUGAUGUCGCUUCAGAUACCAAAGUCAAAGGCUCGUCUGAACCAAGUCCUCCAAGUCCAGGACCCACAGAACAAGCCAAGGGUGGUCUUUCCCAGGAAUGUGCCAAAAAACUGCCGAAAAACACCUCAAAAGUGCAGCCUCCAAAGAGCUCGUCCACAUCCCCAACCAGUCAGCUGCUGGCUAUGGGAGCGGGUUCGGCUGUCGGCGAUGCAGGAUCAAACUUCAUCCCCCUCAUGACGACUCGUCGCUCGCUGAGGAAAACCCGUCAGCCGUCCGAGAGACUUUCCAACUCCGCCAUCACGCGCGAGAUGGUCCUGGAGAGCACGGAACUUCUGCGAGCCGCUAUCGGCAGAAUUUCAGAGCAGACCGGCAGUCACAGCGCAGUUUUGGAGGCCGGCAAGAACCUGUCCAAGUACUGUGCGAGUUACGUGGAGUCCAUCCAACAGAUGAGGAACAAGUUUGCUUUCCGCGAAGCCAUCAAUAAGUUAGAGAGCAACCUGCGAGAGCUGCAGAUCUGCCCCGCUGCCACUGGGGGAGCCAACGCACCACAAGACUUUUCAAAGCUGCUUUCCUCUGUCAAAGAGAUCAGUGACAUUGUUCAGAGGUAGCGGAGAGAAUCCAAGACCUUCAAUAGAUGGAACAUGUAUUUGUGGGUGCGACGUACACUCUGAGGAAACAAGUCCAAUCCACCUUCACAUUUCUCUUGCCAAACAGAAGAACAUUUCAAACACUCACGUGUACAGAAUCAGAAGAAACUCCAGUUUGGUGGUGUUAAUGUAGCCCAGGACCGAGUCUUAGUUACUUCAUUUUGACGAGUUGUCGCUCGUUAAUUCCAUUUCUUGGCUCUCCUCUGUUUUCAGAAAUAAGUAUUUGUUAAAUCAACAUUAUAUCAGCAAUGUAGACAAACCUCAUGUGCCUCACGUCUUCAAGCCUCAUCAUUUUUUACAGAUCAAAAGAUCUAUUUUUGAUGACAUACUGUACGUUCAUGGUCGUAGUAUUGACAAAUAGUAUUGUUUGGUUAAUUUCAUGCAGUUGUUGGAGAAAGGGCCUUGUUGUGUGACGUGAACGCUCCCUGUGAUGUGAGGAACUAUCGUUUCAUUUUGAAACAAGUAUUUGUAUGCGUGCAACACUGUGCCAUGAAUGCCAUUUCACUAUUGGCCUCAUAAAGUCACCAAAUCAACACACAGAGGCCUUGAGGAAUCUUCAGAUUAGAUGAAACACUAUUCUCAGGAGAACGGCUCUAAACCGAAGAAGCAGUGGAUGGAAAUGUUUGUCUUUAUUUCUCACACCACUGACAGAACGACUCAAGUGCCUGAUGGACGGAUGUGUUCAGUAUUAGUUUGUUUUUUCAACACUUUGCCCUCUGACUGCCACGUCUGAGACACAAGCUGCCUUGUAUUCAAUCUUGACAUUUUUCUAUUUUCUCUUAUAAAUCAUGCCACUACUCUUUUAUUUGUAUUCAAGCGUCACUCUUUUGUAAACUAAUCGCUCAUCUUUGUAAAUACACAUCACUUGUUUUUCUCUUUCAGUUCAUUCUUUCUGUAACCGUGGUGCAAUUUUUGUUGCAUAAAGUACAAAACAGUUUUGCUACUUGAA